AGCUCACGAGGUUAAUUCCUUUCCCAGGAGCUUGUAGAGUGGGUGAAUGCCUGGCUCGGAUGGACCGGUGAAAUUAGUCAAAUUCACCUAAACCAACCUUCUCUUCAUUCCGCGAGCAAGGUCAUAAAAUGCCGGCAUAUUUCCAACGACCGGAGAAUGCUCUCAAACGAGCAAAUGAGUUCUUGGAGGUUGGCAAAAAGCAGCCAGCUUUGGAUGUCUUGUACGAUGUCAUCAAGAGCAAAAAGCAUCGAACAUGGCAGAAGAUCCACGAGCCCAUCAUGGUCAAGUACCUGGAGCUCUGUGUUGACCUGCGCAAGAGCCACCUGGCAAAGGAGGGUCUCUACCAGUACAAGAACAUCUGCCAGCAGGUGAACAUCAAAUCCCUCGAGGAUGUGGUUCGAGCCUACCUGAAGUUGGCCGAGGAGAAGACCGAGACCGCCAAGGGGGAGUCACAGCAGAUGGUCCUGGACAUUGAGGACCUUGACAACAUCCAGACUCCUGAGAGUGUACUUCUGAGUGCUGUGAGUGGUGAAGACACCCAGGAUCGUACAGACCGUCUGCUGCUCACUCCUUGGGUGAAAUUUCUGUGGGAAUCCUACCGCCAAUGCCUGGACUUGCUGCGUAACAACUCCAAGGUGGAGCGCCUAUACCAUGACAUUGCCCAACAAGCUUUCAAGUUCUGCCUUCAGUACACCCGUAAGGCAGAGUUCCGGAAGCUGUGCGACAAUCUACGCAUGCAUCUGGGUCAGAUCCAGCGCCACCACAACCAGAGUACGGCCAUCAACCUGAACAACCCUGAGAGCCAGUCUAUGCAUCUGGAGACACGCCUGGUGCAGCUGGACAGUGCCAUCGCCAUGGAGCUCUGGCAGGAAGCUUUCAAGGCUGUGGAAGACAUCCAUGGUCUCUUUGCCCUUUCCAAGAAGCCCCCCAAGCCUCAACUUAUGGCCAACUACUACAACAAGGUGUCCACUGUGUUUUGGAAGUCUGGGAACGCCCUGUUCCACGCCUGCACCCUCCACCGCCUCUACCACCUCUCCAGGGAGAUGCGCAAGAACCUCACCCAGGAGGAGAUGCAGAGGAUGUCCACAAGGGUCCUCCUUGCCACCCUGUCCAUUCCAAUCACCCCGGAGCGCACGGACAUCGCCCGCCUGUUGGACAUGGAUGGCAUCAUCGUGGAGAAACACCGAAGGCUGGCCACACUACUGGGCCUGCAGUCCCCACCGACCCGCCAGAGCCUCAUCAAUGACAUGGUGAGGUUCAAUUUGCUGCAGUACAUUGUACCUGAGGUGAAGGAGCUGUACAAUUGGCUGGAGAUGGACUUCCACCCACUGAAGCUGAGUGGAAGAGUAGCAAAGGUGUUGAACUGGGUGAGAGACCAGUCGGAGAAAGAGGCGGACCUCCAGCAGUACGUUCCCCACCUGCAGAGUAACACCAUCCUCCGGCUGCUGCAGCAGGUGGCGCAAAUUUAUCAGAGCAUUGAGUUCAGCCGUCUGGCCUCCCUGGUUCCAUUUGUGGAUGCCUUCCAGUUGGAGCGCUCCAUUGUGGAUGCUGCCCGACACUGCGAUCUGCAGGUUCGAAUUGACCACACCACUCGAAACCUGAGCUUUGGUUCAGACCUGAACUACUCAACCAAAGAGGACUCUCCUGUGGGGCCGUUCCUGCAGAACAUGCCCUCGGCGCAGAUCCGGAACCAGCUGACAGCCAUGUCGUCCUCCUUGGCCAAGGCGAUCCAGGUCAUAAAGCCUGCAUCCAUGCUGCAAGAGCGUGAGGAGCAAAGCCAUCUGGCCAUCACUGCCUACCUGAAGAAUGGCCGCAAGGAGCACCAGCGCAUCCUGGCCCGCCGGCAGACCAUCGAGGAGCGCAAGGAGCGCCUAGAGAACCUCAACAUCCAGCGGGAGAAGGAGGAGCUGGAACAACGCGAAGCGGAGCUGCAGAAGGUGCGCAAAGCGGAAGAGGAGCGCCUGCGCCAGGAGGCCAAGGAACGCGAGAAGGAGCGCAUCAUGCAGGAGCACGAGCAGAUCAAGAAGAAGACGGUGCGCGAGCGGCUGGAGCAGAUCAAGAAGACAGAGCUGGGAGCCAAGGCAUUCAAAUACUUCGAUAUAGAGAACCUUGAGGACCUGGACCCUGACUUCAUCAUGUCCAAGCAGGUAGAGCAGCUGGAGAAGGAGAAGCGAGAACUUCAAGACCGCCUGAAGAACCAGGAGAAAAAGAUUGACUACUUUGAGCGUGCCAAACGUCUGGAGGAGAUCCCGUUGAUCAAGAAGGCCUAUGAGGAGCAGCGUGUCAAAGACAUGGAGUUAUGGGAGCUCCAAGAGGAGGAGAGGAUCAGCAACAUGAAGGUGGAGCGUGAGAAGGCCUUGGAGCACAAACAGAGGAUGUCCAGAAUGAUGCAGGACAAGGAGAACUUUGUGGGCAAAAUAACCGACGCUCGCAGCUUCAUCUACGAGGAAAAACUGAAACAGUUCCAGGAGCGCCUGGUGGAGGAGAGGACGAAGCGUCGAGAGGAGAGGAAGAUCCACCGCAAGGAGGACCGUCGCAACACCUUCUACCGCAAUAAGGAGGAGGAGGCCCAGCGCAUCCACGAGGAGCAGCUCAAGAAAGAGCGCGAGGAGCGUGAGCGCAUCGAGCAGGAGGCGCGCGAGGCAGAGGAGGCGGUGUACCAGGAGCGCCUUGCCAAACUGGAGGAGCAGGAGAGGAAGCAGCGCGCCCGGCAGCAGGAGAUUGAGGAGCGCGAGCGACGCAGGGAGGAGGAGAUGAGGGCCCCUGCUAGGUCCGAGGAGAAACCCAGAGGAGAAGCCAAGGACUGGGGCGCUGAGAAGGAGGAGGGAGGAGGAGGAUGGAGGAGGCGCACAGAGGUUGAAUCAGAGAGGCGUCGCCCCGUGCCUGAUAAUGUCACCGUACAGGCUAAGGACUGGAGAGCCGAGGGCCGCGAGGAUGUCGGUGAGGACAGAGACCGAGAGCCACCCUUCAGGAGAGGAGGAGACGGCCCUCGCCGUGGCGGAGACGAUGACCGUGGACCCCCACGCAGGGGCUUCGGGGAUGACGACCGCCCCCUGCGCAGAGGCAUGGAUGAGGACCGUCCACCAAGGAGAACCUUUGGGGAUGAUGACCGUGGUCCCAGAAGGGGAGGGGACGAGGACCGCGGUCCCCGCAGAGGCUUCGAUGAUGGCCCCCGCAGAGGCAUGGAUGAGUCCAGGGGCCCCAGACGCGGGGCUGAUGAUGACACCUGGGGCCCCAGGAGAGGAGGAGAUGACGAGAGGGGAGGGCCCCGUGACGACAAGCCAUGGAAGCCUGCUGUCCGGCCCGUUGCUCUGGUGUCUGCUUCAGGUGGUGGCUGGCGUGAGAGGGAAAAGGCCCGCGAGGAGAGCUGGGGUCCACCCCGCGAAGGUGGUGGCCGAAAGGAGGACGAAGAGGGCGAGAGGGAGGAGAGAGAGGAAAAACAGGAGAGCGACCGCUUCCCAGAGCGCCGCCCACCCAGGUCAGACACACAGGAGGAGGGUAGUGGAGGUGGUGGUGCCUGGAGAAGGCCAGGUGCUGAUGAGGCGCCAAAGAAAAGCUGGAGAGACUCUGUUCGUCAGGAAGAGCCUGCCCGCGAGGACCGCCCUCCUAUCCGUCGAGAGCGACCUGAUCGCAGAGAUGACCGUGACCGCCCCCCACCCAGCAGAGAGCCUGAAGAAGGAGGCAGCUCCUGGCGCCGUGCAGGUGACGACAAGCGUGAGGAGCGUAAAGAGGAACGUCCGAUUCCUCCCAGACCCAGAGAGGGCGAGCGUGAAGAGGACGGAGAGAAGAGCUCCUGGCGCUCCGAGAAAGACAAAGAGAACGCUGGUCGCCCUAAGAAGACCACCGACGAGACCGACGAUGACGGCUGGACCACUGUGGCCCGCCGCUGAGUCCACCCUCUCUCAAAGCAUCUGCUUCAAAAUGGCCCCGCAAUGGCUAAUGUACCCCUUAUUGUCGCCUGCCUCCUAGUGGUUUAACCUUUUCAUAAGCUGAUGAAAAUGUUGGCAUAGCAAAGCUGUUUUAUUGUUAAAUCAAAUGUCAUCUCAUCAACAACUAUCUCUAUUGCCAUUGAAUAUGUAUUUUGUUAAAGUUGCUUCUUAACCUAAAAAGUAGUUGAUUCCCAUUUUGAUGUGCAUUUUUAAGAGUAUCUACACUGAGCGAAAAUAUAAACGCAACAUGUAAAGUGUUGGUCCCAUGUUUCAUGAGCUGAAAUUAAAAAUCCCACGCAUUUUCCAUAUACACAAAAGGCACCUUGUCCUCGGGACAAAAUGCCACUUUUAAAAUGUGCACACAACACAAUGCCACCGAUAUCUCAAGUUUUGAAGGAGCGUGCAAUUGGCGUGCUGACUGCAGGAAUGUCCAACAGAGCUGUUGCCAGAGAAUUUAAUGUUAAUUUCUCUACCGUAAGCUGCAUCCAACGUCGUUUUAGAGAAUUUGGCAGUACGUCCAACCAGCCCCACAACCACAGACUGCGUGUAACCAUGCCAGCCUAGGACCUCCACAUCCGGCUUCUUCACCUGCGGGAUCGUCUGAGGAGGAGGAACUAACUCUUGAUCGGCUGGGCCUGGCUCCCCUGUGGGCGGGCCUAUGCCUUCCCAGGCCCACCCAUGUCUGCUCCCCUGCCCAUGCAUGUGAAAUCCAUAGAUUAGGGCCUAAUGAAUUUAUUUAAAUUGACUGAUUUCCUUAUAUGAACUGUAACUCAGUUAAAAUCUUUGAAAUUGUUGAUGUUGCGUUUAUAUUUUUGUUCAGUUUUUGUUUGUCUAUUCUGGAUCCGUAGAUAAACCAUUUGUCUGUGAUAAAUGGGGGCUGAACUAGAGCGGUGUUUGUGAGACGAGGGCCGGGGCCAGGUCUUUAAUACAAAAACUUCUGUAGAGUCAGAAUGGUUCAAGCUACAAACUAUUAAAAGCAAUCUAUGAAAAGCUGAGACUUUCACAAACUUGCACGUGACAUGUUUUGAUCUAUGAUGCUCACAAGAGUCGUUAGAAGGUAAGGCUCUUCUACAUAGAUCAUAGGAAAUCCCAGGACAUAGUGUCUAUAAUACUGUAAUAAGCUCACAUAGUUAUUUUUUUUAAAUGUUUAACCUUUAUUUAACUAGGCAAGUCAGUUAAGAACAAAUUGUUUACAAUGAUGGCCUACCAAAAGGCCUCAAGUGGGGAUGGGGGCUUGGAUUAACAAAUAUAAAUAUAGGACAAAACACAUGACAAGAGAGACACCACAACACUCAUUAAAGAGGGACCUAUGACAACAACAUGGUAGCAACACAACAUGGCAGCAGCACAAAACAUGGUACAAACAUUAUUGGGCACAAACAACAGCACAGAGGGCAAGAAGGUAGACAACAAUACAUCACACGAAGCAGCCACAACUGUCAGUAAGAGUGUCCAUGAUUGAGUUUUUGCAUGAAGAGAUGGAGAUAAAACUGUCCAGUUUAGUUGCUGUCACAAACCACACAGUUGUCACUGACUAGUUAGAUAUUAAUUUCCCAGUGAGCAAAUCAUUUCUGUACUUAACAGCAUUCAUAUGGCUUCAUUUUUAUCAGGCUUUUGCUUUGGCAGACCUUGUUUUUUUAAUUGCCAUUUGUCAAUAAAAGUCAUGAAUGCAACUAUCAAAUUGUUUUGUGUUCUACUUGUAGCCCUGGUUGUCCUGAAAAUAUAAUGAUAAAACAAUUCACUGUGGGGCAAUUCAUGCCCAGGCAUGUGAAAUUCAUAGAUUAGGGCCUAAUGAAUUUAUUUCAAUUGACUGAUUUCCUUAUAUGAACUGUAACUCAGUAAAAUCUUUGAAAUUGUU